AAGAAUGAAACUAUCCGUUGUUGAAUACUGAGACAGACUGUUAUUAACAGUAUUUAUUUUUUUAUACGAUCGGAAGAUGAGAUUUCAGAUGUCUUAUUUACUGAUCCUAGCAUGUAUCCUCAAUGGAUGUUCUGCGGUUAUAAUUACAAAUGAAGAAACUGUCUCUGCUUUGGCUGGUAGCAAUGUGACUCUAAAAUGCAGCAUCUUGCAAGGAAAAGGAACCCAUGUAACACAGAUUCAGUGGUCUAAGUCUGCUGGUGGUCUAUCAAGAAUAAUAGCUGUAUAUAACCCUCUCUAUGGUACAAACUAUUUUGAAGCGGCCUACAACAAUUCAGCAAGUUUUGAGAAAGGCUCCCAUGAUUGUUCGACCAACUUCAGCAGGACUUCCAAACAGUUUAAUUCUGUAGCAAACAACCUAGAAUGCAGCAACUGGAUUCUACAACUGAAGAAUAUCACGCUUGAGCUCUCUGGCUCCUAUGAAUGUAUCUUUACCACAUUUCCAAUUGGAACAAGUAGCUCAAAAAUACGCCUUUUUGUUAAGAAAAGAGAUUACAAGAAUUCUGUGUUACAAGCUUUACUCAACCAGACCUUAGAAAUUCCAUGCGUGAACAGUAUGCCUCAUUAUAUAAACCUGACAAAUGCUUCUGUAACGUGGUUAUUGCAGAAAGAAAAUGGAAAUGAAGAGAUCCUAAUCAAGAAACCAUCCUUUUACCUUCAAGGCUAUACAGCCAAUCUCACUGUCUACAAGGACAGAAUCCAAAUGAGUUCAAAAAAUGCGUUAUUGAUUUCUCCGGUGACAGUUAUUGAUGAUGGCAAGAAGUUUGUCUGUUCAAUUGCCACUCUCUCCGGAAGAAUUCAGGAAAGUGCCACUCAAGUGAAAAUAUUUGCAAAACCAGAAAUCUCUAUUGUGUUCCAUACAUAUUCCAAAGGAAAGGCACACUUCAAAUGUGUGAUAAAGAAGGCAUAUCCAAAGCCAAAACUUAUAUGGUACAUGGGUGGAAAGAUUCUGAAUGAAAAAUCUGAAGGCUUAUUAAUUGAAAAUAAAAAUAUAAACCGGGUAGGAAGUUUUUAUGAGAAGACAUCAUUCUUGUCAAUAUGGAAUGUAACUCAUUCAUCCAUUAAUGAGGCCUUCAAAUGCAUGUCUGCAUACCACCUCACUAGAAAUGACAGAUGGAAAUUUUCGUCUAAAGAAAUACUUAUUCCUCAUGGAUUUCAGAAUACAUCAUUGGCAUAUUCAGAAUUCAUUAGUCACAUUACUGCCACUUCAGAUUCACCCACAGAAAGGUUACAGACUACGCUUUCUGAAGCCUCAGAAGUAACGCUCGUACCAGAUUCCUCUACAGAAAAACACUUGCAUUCUACUAAAAUGCUACGAAGUGAUACUACUACAAAGUUAUUCAGUGAAUCCACAGUACCCCAAAAAAUCUUGCAUUCUACCAAAUCCCUGCAAAGUAGUACUACUACUAUGUUUCUCCGUGACUCCACAGUACCACAAAGAAACCUGUCCAUCAGAAGAGUGACUGAAGUAGCCACCAUGAAUAGCUCUGCUAAUUCAUAUACUGUAAAAAAUGACCUUAAUACUGGUUCUGCAAUGGUUCCAAAAGAUAGCGCAUUUCCCUGGCCAGGAAUUGUGACUUUUCUGCUUCUCUUCUGCACAUGCUUAAUCAUUUGUGGGAUCAGAAAAUGGUGUCAGCAUCAAAAAGAAAUUAUGAAUAAACCUCCGUCUUUCAAGCCACCUCCUCCACCAGUUAAGUAUUCCUCCAUCCAAGUCUAUAAUGAAAUUUACUCAUCUGGUGAUGAAUUGGAAAAUCUGAAAUCGGCCUGAAAAUCUAUAAUGAUCCAGCAUCAAAUGGCAUGCUUAUACUGUAUGGCUUUUAUAAUAAAUGGCAAGCAUUCACCGG